CGUGCCUUGCGCGGGCGGAGGGGAAAUGGCUGCGAGAUGCUGCUCCUACGGAGGGUUGUCGGUGCUGCGGGAGGACGCGAGGAUGCUGGCGCUACGCUGGCUCGCCAGGCGAGGGAAACGCUGGGCGCCCUGUGAACAACGCCGCACCAAAUUCACCUACGGGCCGAAAUUCCACCGCGGCCCGCUGCCUCGCACUCCCUGGACUGUCAGCGGGCCGCCGCCGGGUGUGCCGUUACCUUGGUACUUGCAGAAGGUGCCGUCGGUGCGAGAGCAGCUGCCUGAGCUUGACGUGGUGACGUAUGAGGGGAAGCUGCACUACGUGCCAUGGUUGGCCAAGCCGAAUUUCCCGAAGUGGGAGCGAGGAUGGCACGAUCCCCGUCACAGUCGCGCCCCUCCCCCCGAGGAGAUGCCUGCCUACAAGCAGCGGCCUUGCUACACAUGUCACAAGCGGACUCGCCUGCUGGAAGGUGUAAAGCAAGCAUUGUGGCUAACCAAGACAAAGCUAAUUGAAGGUUUACCACCCCAAAUCCUUAGCAUAAUGAAUGACACAGCUUAUCAGUUGGAAGAUCAGGAUGAAAGAGUUCAAAAUGCAAUUCAUCAUGCAUAUUUCUGGGUUAACACUGAUGCAGCUGUUGCAGAAGAAACCUACAGCCCUGUGCUGCUGGAAGACUUGCUUCACUUGUGCAGGUCCAUGGCUGCUAAAUAUCCUUCACUUGCCAAAAGAAUGAUGGCUCAAGACUGCAACGUCACAGCAUCAUGGGAACGAGAAUCUGUUCUUCUUCAGGUUUGUGGCCCAGGUGGGAAGCUUGUGAAUGCAAAGACUCCUCUACCACCUAUAGCCUCCAAAGAUGAGGUACUCGCCACUGAGAAUCACAUUUUAGAAACCUUUCAUCCUAUUUCGCCUCUGAUUGACCUUCAAGAGGUUAAUGUAUAUGAGACAAAAAACGAUACAGGUUUUCAAGAAGGUUACCCAUAUCCUUAUGCUCACACUAUAUACUUUCCUGGGUCUGGUAAAAUACCUAGAAUGCGACCUGAACAGCUCCGGGCCAAUAUGAUGAUGUUUGCCUUUGGGAGUGCACUGGCCAAGGCUAAGAGACUGUAUGGGGAUGAACCCAUGGUCUUGGAGAAACCCAUUGUUGUUCAGAGUAUUGGUUCAGAUGGCCUGUGUUUUCAGUUCAUGAUCUUCCAGUUGAAUACAACGGAUCUAAAUCCUAGCAUUGGUGUUAAAAACCUAGUCUGGAUUGAUGCAGAUCAGUUUCUGUAUGAGGAUUACCUGACUGAGCCAGAAACCAAGCAUAACGUUGUCGUGGUUCCUGCUGGAGUGUAUCACUAUCAUCCAGAUACAUUCAAGAAGUUCCUGGCAUUCUACUUACAUGGUGUUGUAUGAUCAGGCCUUUCAAGGAAUAUGAAUUUAAUCUGCAUUUGCCAUCUUUUCCAUAAUAAUACGCUUACAGUAUAGUUAAGUGUUAGAGGCUAUUUAAUUUUCUAAAAUAAACUUUCUUUUUAAAAAUACA